AUGGAUUCCAUUCUCUCUCGCGGAUCUGAUCAUAAUCUUCCAACAACAAGUUCAGCUGAAAAUCACGAGACAAGGCUCCCAAAGGAAUCUAAAUCGGUAAAAGCAACGUUGUUUGGUUGCAUUGGUGCCCGUGAGUUUUCCUCACCAGAGAUGUGGAAGGCAGCACUCACAGAGUUGGUGGCGACUGCUUCACUAAUGUUCACAUUAACAACAUCCAUUGUCGCCUGCUUGGACUCGAACGAGUCUAACCCCAAGCUUCUUGUCCCAUUUGCAGUAUUUAUUAUUGCCUAUCUGUUUCUCAUGGUGACAGUUCCUCUUUCAGGUGGACACAUGAGCCCAGUUUUUACUUUCAUUGCUGCCCUCAAGGGCAUCAUAUCUCUAGCACGAGCUUCCAUCUAUAUCUUGGCCCAAUGUGUAGGCUCGAUAACAGGUUUUCUCAUACUCAGCAGUGUGAUGAGCCAUGACGCAGCAAAAAAGUAUUCCUUGGGAGGUUGUACCAUUGAUGGAAAGGGGCCAACCUCUGGGGUUAGCUCUGGGACAGCAUUGAUGUUGGAAUUUUGUUGUACAUUUGUGGUGCUUUUUGUUGGUGUAACAAUAGCAUUUGACAAGAGAAGAAGCAAAGAACUAGGGUUAGCUAUGGUUUGUGCAGUGGUGGCAGGGGCGAUGGCACUAGCAGUUUUUGUGUCCAUUAGUGUAACUGGGAGGGCUGGUUAUGCCGGCGUGGGCCUUAAUCCUGCGAGGUGUUUAGGGCCAGCCUUACUGCGAGGUGGUUCGUUAUGGGAUGGCCAUUGGGUCUUUUGGAUAGGACCUUGUUUAGCUUGCAUAAUUUAUUAUGGCUUCACCAAGGGCUUACCGAAAGAAGGCCUUGUUUGGGAAGAUGAAAAGCAUGACAUUAUGAAGUUAGCCGCUCCUGCACUUUGUUGUUGGGGACCUAGAAGUAGUACAAGUCAACUUAAUGGGAAAGUUUUGGAAAUUGUGAGACGCUGAAUCACUGAUGGAGGCUACCGCCUACUAGGUGGAGUGUAUUAUUAUUCUCAUGGGAGACUGAAUAUAUUUAUCUCCAAAGGAUUAAAUCAGAGUAGCAAAUUGAAUAAAAUUGGAUGUUCUCUAUAUAUUGGUAAUUGGUGUGA